AUGGCAGACGGUUCAGACCUCGAUAACAGCAACAAGACUGAGCUGGACAGAAGUCAGCCCAGCUCGGCUAGUGUCAGCGAUGCUUCCGAACAACAAAAGGAAAAAGACCCUGUCGAUAUUCCUCCCGACUAUGCGACUGGUGUCCGACUCAUCCUCAUCAUGUUCACGAUCUUCGUGAGUACCAUUCUCGUCUCCUUGGAGAUUGGUAUCAUCGCAACCGCAAUCCCCGGCAUCACCAAUGAUUUUCGCAAGCUCGACGACGUGGGGUGGUAUGGAAGUGCUACUUUCAUCCUCGCAGCCUCGGCCUCGCCGCUGUGGGGAAAGCUGUUCAAGUACCUCGACGUGAAGUGGGUUUAUCUCAGCGCAGUCGGCAUCUUUUUGGAUGGGGGGGCCUCUGGUGUCCUCGGAGGCACCCUCAUUGUCAUAAACUACGUCGCCCCGCCGAGAAACCAUCCGCUUCUCAUUGGCACUUGGAUGGCAGUCUUUAUGGUCUCGACUAUUCUGGGACCGGUGAUUGGCGGCGCAUUCACGAGUGGUGUUACUUGGAGAUGGUGUUUCUGGAUUAAUUUGCCCGUUGGUGGACCAAUUAUCGUGCUGUUACUAUUAUUCCUGCGCAUCCCCAAGCACAUUAAGAAAGUAACAGCAACAUGGCAGGAGAUCAUCCUCGCACUGGAUCUCCCAGGCUUCUGCUUAUUACUUGUGUCUCUUAUUUGUUUGACGCUGGCAUUGCAAUGGGGUGGACAGACUAAAUCAUGGAAUGAUGGCUCUGUCAUCGCGACCUUGGUUAUGUGGAUUGUCCUCAGCAUUGGCUUCUUUAUUACUGAAUGGUUUCAGGGCCAUCGUGCCAUGGCCCCCUUCAGCAUCCUCAAACCGCGCAUGACAUGGAGUAAUGCCCUAUUCUGCCUCAUUUCAUAUGGCGCCCUCUACCAAGUCAUGUUCUAUCUUCCCAUUUACUUCCAAUCCAUCCACGGCCAAUCAGCCGUGACAAGCGGCGUGAACACCCUCCCAUUCCUCGCCUUCUUCGCCCUUGGAGCCGUUAUCAGCGGCGGCGUCAUAGGAAAGACCCGCUACACACAACCCUACGAGCUCCUCGGCGCCCUCAUCAUGACCGCCGGAAUGGCCCUGAUUUAUAUCCUGGAUGUUGACUCCUCUAAAGCCAUGUACAUCGGUGCCGAGGUGCUUUUUGGAUUUGGGGUUGGGAUCUGCAACCAGAUCCCCAUGACGGCUGUGCAGGGCUUCUCGAAGCUUGAAGAUGUUUCCAGCGCGACUGGAAUCAUGGUUAUGUGUCAAACCCUUAGCGGAGCUUACUUCGUCGCCAUCGCACAAUCCCUCUUCGCCAAUCGGAUGCUCCAGACCGUCCUCUCCGGUGAAGGUCACCACGAUAUCACCCUGGUCCUGGGCACCGGCGCCUCCGACAUUCAGGACGUGUUCAGCGGGGAUGAUCUGAAGGAGGUGAUCGCAGCGUAUAUGGUCGGUAUCAAGGAUGUGUUUGCGUUUUCGUUGGCGUGUGCGGCGUUUGCGGUCCUCUUGUCGCUGAUUAUUCCGUUUAAGAGGCUGCCGGAUCAUGGGAAGAAGGAUAAGCCGACGGCAGAUGAGGCUGUAGUGGAAGAGAAGAAUAGGGAUCGAUCUUAA